AUGUCAGAUACACUUGCUGAGAUAGGCCAAAGACUUGAACGGUUGAAGAGCAACACUUUUGAGAAUUCUAUAUCAGCUAGUGCCCAGACUAGCAGUGUAGAAGAGGACAAUAGUUCUUCUAGCCCAACGAGUGUAGAUUCUUUCGAUAACUCUAAUUCUGACAGAGAAGAAGAGAUGGCUGGCAAUAACGAUGACAACCGAGCUUUGGAAGAUUAUGCUCAACCGGUUAUACCAAAUUCCCCUUCGUGCAUCUUGCUGCCUACUGAAGCUAGAAAUUAUGAUCUCAAAUCUUCACAUUUUCACAUGCUUCCUUCUUUUUAUGGUUUACCUAACGAAGAUCCAUUAGCCCAUAUUAAGGAAUUCUACAAUGUUGUGAGUGGUUUACCUUUGCAGGGAGUGACUGAAGCAAAUCUGAGGAUGAGGGUUUUUCCUUAUACAUUGAAAGAUAGAGCAAAGGGUUGGCUAAUGACUUUAGCACCUGGUUCGCUCACCACUUGGGAUGCCGUAGCUAAGAAGUUUUUGGAGAAGUUCUUCUCUACUCAAAAGACAGCUACUUUGAGAGGGCAAAUCUUUAACUUUAAACAAGAUGAUGGAGAACCUUUCAAUGAAUGUUGGGAGCGUUUCAAAGGGCUGUUGCUGCAAUGUCCACAUCAUGGGUUACCUCUUUACUUACAAAUGCAAAUUUUUUAUGAUGGACUAACCCAAACAUGUCAAUCGACUGUUGAUAAUGCAGCAGGUGGAGCUUUGAAGAAAAAAAAUGCUCAAGAGUCAUAUAACAUUUAUGAGAUGUUGGGAUCUAAUGCUCAACACAAAGAUACAAGAGGUAAACGAGUUGGAGUGUAUGAAAUGAGUUCUAAUAAUGAUCUUGCCUUGCAGGUGGCUAGUUUGGAAAAGAAGCUCGAUUCUAUGCUCAAUAUGGUGCCUAAGAUAGCUGAGGUGUGUGCCAUUUGCAACAUACCAGGUCAUCCUACUUAUCAAUGCUCGGCUAGUGAGGCUUAUCCCGAAUUCGUUCAAGAGCAAGUGAAUCUCAUGAAUUCUUACAAUCAGAGGCCGAGGAAUGACCCGUUCUCUAAUACAUAUAACCCUGGUUGGAGAGAUCAUCCCAAUCUCUCAUGGAAGAAUAACAAUCAAUUUCAAAAUUUCCAACCAAAGCCUGCCACUACGCUUGAAGAUACGGUCAAAAUGCUAGCUCAAAACACCGUUCAAUUCCAGCAAACUACCAAUAGUACUCUCCAACAACAUUCAGCUGCUCUAACCAAAAUGGAGACACAAUUAGGUCAGAUUGCUGAUGCUUUGAGUCAAAGAGAACCCGAAAAAUUUCCAAGCCAACCGGUGAUACUUCAAAGGAACCAAGAGCAAGCCAAAGCGGUCAUAACACUUAGAAGUGGUAAGGUUAUUAAUAAUGGAGUUGGCAAUGAAGUUACUAAUGAAUCUGAUCAUGUGAAUGCAGGCCCCACUCAAGAAGAGAAUGAGAAACCGAAUGACGAUCCAAGCAAUGCCACUUCUUCGUUUGAAGCUCCAAAUUUUCACAAGGCUGAAAAACCUUACUCUCCACCCAUCCCAUUUCCUGGAAGACUUGCCAAAAGCAAGCAGGAUAAGUCAUUUAAAGAAAUUUUUGAUAUUUUAAGUAAAGUGAAUGUUAAUUUACCUUUGCUUGAUGUCAUUAGGAAUAUGCCAGCGUAUGGGAAAUUUUUCAAGGAGCUAAACACUUAUAAGAGGAAGUAUGGACCUAAUGAGAAGGUGAUGGUGUCUGAAAAUGAGGGAGCAAAACCAACUCGUGAACCACAAAGAAGGCUCAAUCCACACAUGAAGGAAGUAGUGAGAGCUGAAGUGCUGAAGUUGCUAGAUGUGGGUAUCAUAUACCCGAUUUCUGAUAGCAAAUGGGUCAGCGCUGUUCACGUAGUGCCUAAGAGGAUUGGAAUCACAGUGGUAAAAAAUGAGCAUAAAGAGCUUGUUCAAACGAGACCUGCAGCUAGUUGGCGUGUUUGCACCGAUUACAGGAAGUUGAAUUCGGACACUAGAAAAGAUUAUUUUCCUAUGCCUUUUAUUGAUCAAAUGCUUGAGCGAUUAGCUGGUCACUCAUAUUAUUGUUUUCUUGAUGGAUAUUCAGGUUAUAAUCAAAUUGUGAUUGCUCCGGAAGAUCAAGAGAAGACUACAUUCACCUGUCCUUUUGGCACUUUUGCAUAUAGGAGGAUGCCUUUUGGCCUUUGCAAUGCCCCAGCAACAUUCCAAAGAUGUAUGCUGGCAAUCUUUUCAGAUAUGAUUGAGAGAUUUAUUGAGGUAUUCAUGGAUGAUUUUUCAGUUUUUGGUUCUUCUUUUGAUAAUUGUCUUAACCAUCUCUCUCUAGUGCUUCAAAGAUGUCAGGAAACAAAUUUGAUUCUCAAUUGGGAAAAGUGUCAAUUUAUGGUGAAACAAGGUGUUGUGUUGGGGCAUGUAAUAUCCAACAAGGGUAUUGAAGUUGACAAAGCAAAAAUUGACAUCAUCUCAAAUAUGGCAGCCCCUGCUUUAGUGAAGGGAGUGAGAAGCUUUCUAGGACAUGCUGGUUUUUAUCGUCGUUUCAUUAAGGAUUUUUCCAAGAUCACUCAUCCAUUGUGCAAUCUUUUGGCCAAAGAUGUUGUAUUUCACUUUGAUAAAGAUUGUAUGAAUGCAUUUAAUACCUUGAAACGUGAACUAACCUCUGCUCCUAUCAUUAUGGCACCAGAUUGGUCUUUGCCUUUUGAGCUAAUGUGUGAUGCCUCUGACUAUGCUAUUGGUGCUGUUUUAGGUCAAAGAGUAAAUAAGCUGCCACACGUAAUCUACUAUGCAAGUCGGACGUUAAACGAUGCUCAACUCAAUUACUCUACAACUGAGAAGGAGUUGCUUGCUGUUGUUUUUGCUUUAGAGAAAUUUCGUUCAUAUCUUGUUGGCUCUAAAGUUAUUGUUUACUCUGAUCAUGCAGCUCUUAGGUUUUUGUUGACCAAGAAAGAUGCUAAACCACGUUUGAUCAGAUGGAUACUCUUGUUACAAGAGUUUGACCUAGAAAUUCGAGACAAGAAAGGGAGUGAAAAUGUUGUUGCUGAUCACUUGUCGCGCCUUGUUGAUGAAAACCAUGGAGAUGGACAAAUUUUGCCUCUCAACGAAUCAUUCCCGGAUGAACAACUCUUUGUCAUUCAAGAUAAAGAGCCAUGGUAUGCUGAUUUUGUCAAUUAUCUUGCUUCUGGUGUAAUUAGAGAUGAUUUGACUUUUCAGGAGAGAAAGAAGUUCUUUUCAAUGGUGAAACACUACAUGUGGGAUGAGCCCUAUUUGUUCAAGUAUUGCCCUGAUCAAAUCAUUCGAAGAUGUGUUCCAGAGAGUGAAACCUCUGGACAAGUGGAAAUCAGCAAUAGAGAAAUAAAGAACAUCUUGAUGAAAACCGUCGGCCCUACAAGGAAGGAUUGGUCACUAAGGUUGAAUGAUGCACUUUGGGCGUAUCGAACAGCGUACAAGACCCCAAUUGGAAUGAGCCCUUAUCGACUGGUGUUUGGAAAGGCAUGUCAUCUGCCAAUGGAGCUCGAGCACCGUGCAUAUUGGGCCAUAAAGAAGUUCAAUUUUGAUCUCAAAGAAGCUGGUACAGUAAGGAAGCUCCAACUCAAUGAGUUGGAAGAGCUCAGAAAUGAAUCAUAUGAGAAUGCAAGGAUCUACAAAGAACGAACCAAGCUCUACCAUGACAAAGCAAUUCUUAGGAAGGAGUUUCAACCAGGUAUGAAAGUACUUUUGUAUGACUCACGUUUGCAACUGUUUCCAGGUAAAUUGAAGUCUAGAUGGGUUGGACCAUUCAAAGUGCUUCAAGUAUUUCCCCAUGGAGCUAUGGAGAUAGAAAACAUCAAGAAUGGCACCCGUUUUAAGGUCAAUGGACAGCGUUUGAAGCCUUAUUUGGAGAAUGUUUCACAGGAGCAGGUUUAUGUUGUUAUAGAUUCUCUCGAGUUUAUGGCAACUUAG